GUAAUUCACCCGCGCCACCCGGAAGCCGUGGUUGUACCAACCCGUUCUUAUUGCCGGCGGCCCUCAGGUAAGGGGCCGCGUUUUGGUGUCCCUGGGUAGCCGAGUCCUGGAGUUGGGAAGGACAGAAGGUGGACCCCCCCACCCCCAGCAUGACCCGGACGUGCUCAUUUCCCAACCUUAACAGGGUGGAAAUGAACUGUGCAUGGGGCCAUACUGAAGUGGUCAAUGUGGUCUUCCCCUUCCCCCUCCCCAGGAGCCCGUAAUGGAGACGCCCCCUAAAGGGCGGGUGGUGGAGGCCACGGCCGAGAAAGUACUGCGCUAUGAGGCCUUCAUCAGUGACGUGCUACAGCGGGACUUGCGGAAGGUGCUGGACCAUCGAGACAAGGUAUAUGAGCAGCUGGCCAAAUACCUUCAACUAAGAAAUGUCAUUGAACGACUCCAGGAAACUAAGCACUCGGAGUUAUUUAUGCAGGUGGAUUUGGGCUGUAACUUCUUCGUUGACACAGUGGUCCCAGAUACUUCACGCAUCUACGUGGCCCUGGGAUAUGGUUUUUUCCUGGAAUUGACACUGGCAGAAGCUCUCAAAUUCAUUGAUCGUAAGAGCUCUCUUCUCACAGAGCUCAGCAACAGCCUCACCAAGGACUCCAUGACUAUCAAGGCCCAUAUUCACAUGUUGCUAGAGGGGCUUAGAGAACUACAAGGCCUGCAGAAUUUCCCAGAGAAGCCUCAUCAUUGACUACUCGCCCCAUCCUCUGACAUUAAAGAGCCUGAAUGCCUUUGA